CUUCAGAGCAUCAAGGAUCACCGCCUCACGAUGCCAAACGUUCAGCGUCUUCACCGGCAUGAACUGGAAACUGUGGUCACCAGACCUCAACACCUUCAUCAGGCUUCGAGUCCUUGUUUCCCCUCAACUUACCGUUCUAACAACCCGUCUUCUAUCUUUUCUCCUUUUGAAACUUGUUCAUAAGUGGGCGAGGUUAUAUUCUCACAUGCAUAUGUAAGAGUGCAACGAUCACCUGGAAAGUUUUUUUUUUUUCGAACGCGCCAUACGGCGCUCUUAUCGCACGUUUUUGCACCGAAUCUAGUAUAAAGCCAACUGGAACAUUCAGCCAGGACACAUUCACUUUCCGCAUGGCCGAUCAUGUUUGUCCGAAACGCAUCCUGGUGAUCGGCGGGGGUCCAACCGGUCUAGCUACUUUGAAGAAUUUUCUAGAACUCGGAAAGGAUACGUUCGAACGAGUAGAGCUGGUGGAAAGGCGAGAUGAUGUAGGAGGAGUCUGGUAUCUGGAUCCUUUUGAGAUUACGCCUGAGCAGGCUCAAAACCCCCGUUGGCCAUCGCCUUCUUAUCCAGGUCUCGUCGGCAACGUUUUGCCCGAGUUCCUAUCAUUAAGGGAUGCACCAUUCCCAGAACCACCCAGCACCCCUCAGCAACCUUUUCCGACGCUGAAAGAAACAUAUCGGUACCUUCGCGACUUUGCAGAGCCCUACAUCAAGAAUGGGAACAUACGGCUUGGCCAUGAAGUGACUAGGGUCGAAGAGCUGCCCGAUCUUGCUGGUUGGAAGGUAAAAUUCAAAGACUGGAGCAACGGAUGGAAUGGAGUUGAACGAGAAGAAAUUUGGGACGCGGUUGUUGUUGCCGUUGGAUGGUACGAUAACCCGGUAUGGCCUGAAACAGAAGGUCUGGAAUUGUUGAGAGAGAAAGGGUUGGCUAGCCACGCAAAACUUUGGCGAGGACCUGAGGGCUGCGAAGGGAAGCGAAUGUUAGUCAUCGGCAACGCGAAUUCUUCCAAUGACGUUGCUGCCCAGCUUGCAGCCGUCGCUCGGUCUCCGGUGUACCGAAGCAUUAGACGUGCUGCUUUUCCUGGGUUCCCCAGUUUACCAGACGAGCGAAUCGAAGAUGUCGCUCCCGUGCGUAAAUACAUCCUCGGCCCGUCGGAAGAUAUCUUCAAUGUUGAACUCGAAAACGGGACUUUAAUAGAGAAUCUCAGUCGUGUCAUUGUGGGAACAGGCUAUCGCCCAUACCCUGGUUUCAUCCACGUCCUUUCCACUGCGAAAGCCAUUCAAUCGGGCCUCGAACCUCUCAUGACGGAAAACAUAACCCCUCAUCGCAUCCCUUCCCUCCAUCGUCAUAUUCUUUACGCCCCCAACCCUACUUUGGCGUUCACGGGUUCUGUGAUGGCUUAUACCCCGUUCACUGUCAACGACGUGGCUUCUGCAUGGCUUGCCCUUGCCUGGAUUGGGGAAAUCUGUUAUCCGUCCUCCUCGAAUGGUCGCUUAGCAUUCGAGGCCAAACGACUAAAAGCUAUCGAUGAAGGCCGUCGACAAUGGGCUGGAUCCCUAGAAAAGGAAGGAUUGCACGACAAUAGAGCCAUGCCAUCAUCUCUCAUGCAAUACUCUGUAUUAGCUGCCGCCGAGGAAGAAUAUGCAGGUGACUUGAGGGAAGACGUUGUAAAGGCAAGACCGGAACUAGGCAAGGGUGUGGAAGACGGUGGAUAUCCAAUCUGGAAUGACGAAAGGCGAGUUCACAGAGAAAGAAUGUAUCCGAUCAAGUUUGGGGCACUCAAGUGGGCAAGGGAGAAUCACAUAAAAGGAGGUACUGAAGUAUAGACAAUG